GUAAGACAUAAAUGACGACUUCGACGAACAGGCAACGACGUUUGAAUCAACCUCACCUGCACCACGACCGUCAACACCAGCAGUAAGAGUGGCGUCUAUAGUACCAAUAAUACACGGCUCUUUCCUCGAUAACUGGGCGUGGGAUUUUCCGGUAUAGAAGUUGGUAAAAAAGCGUGGAGGCCGCUCAUUAUUGACUGCGCCUCAGAUAGGUACCAGGCUGGCGAAUUCCCAGCCUCAAGCUUAUAUAGUGCAAGGUUCCCCUCUUCUCGAUAUUCAGUUCCUUCUUGAUACGACUUCGGUUGCUUGGGCAAGCAGUUUGCCAACGUUGAAGCGUGAAUAUACGCCUCGUACAGAUGGCCUCGACUGAAGUGUCCCCUCGACACCAUGAUCGACAUGGUCGUCGCCGCCCCUUCGCAAAUUGGAUGAAGCGCCUUGCCAGUCUCAAGAACUCCGGUUCCCACCCCAGCUCCUCGAACAAACAAAAUGGAACCUUGAGUACCCCAAAGGCCAAGAAGGCGACCAAUAUCAAAAACAACCCGUAUCCGCUGUCAGGGAAUGUGAGCAAUAUGGGCAAUGGUCAUCUAUCUUUCUCUGAGCCCACUAGUGACCGGCUCAGUCAUCAUCCCCGUUCAGAGCGUUCGUUUUCCGAAACUGGUCUCGAGCAACGGGCUUCAACGGUGGGCACGAAAUCCGCUGCUCCUACGCUUUCUACAAAUGCGGACACGACUGUGUCAGAUACUGCUAAUUCUAAGACUGGCACAACGGUAACUACGGGUUGGGCAGUGGGCUCACAAGGUGGAGGAGAAGGCAGUACAUUUUCCUCACCUGCUCCAUCCGUGCGCUCACUUACCACAACUCUUACGACUGUCCAAUCCACCGCUCCAUCAAAUCAAGUCCACGGAGCAAUUUUCGGCCACAGCACUUCUUACAGUCACAACCAACAAACCAGCGUCCAGUUUAGCCAUCAAUUUCAUAUGUCCCCCGCUACCGCAGUUCCCGCUCAUCUCUCUCCCAAUCCAACCACUUAUAACUCCGCAACGGCAAAUAAUCUCCUCACCGAUAAUGCGUCUGUUCUUACGCUGGCAUCAUCCUCCAAACGCCGCCGUCGCAAUUCCCUAGAUACCAACGCUUCCGUUCGUGCUUUGGCUCCAUCAUCGAUCUUCAGCGGUAGCGGUGAGAGCUUACCAUUAAGCGUUCUGAGUGGAAAUAUGGGUAAUAUAGGAGGAGCUGGAGUAGAACCAUCUAAUUCAUCAAUUACCAACACGCAAGGAGCACCGAACCGCCCUGCCCUAGCCAAUGCUGAACGAGGCAGUGUAUAUUAUUCCGGACCUACCACUGGUGAGAGGACUAGCUAUCAACCCAGCUGGCCUCAUCUGGGCGAUACGGGCAGUGGUACAAGCAGUCAUCAUUCCCACCACCAGAGGAAUGAUAGCGCGGCUGGCAGUGUUGGUGGAAAUACAAUAGGCAACUCAUCCAUGCCCCGCCUGCCAGGGCGAGCAAGCCGACGAAGUUCUGGAUGGGGAGAAGUCCCUAGUACCGACGAUAGUGAGAAUGAAAUCCAGGUGACUAGAACAGAUGAGCCAAGUAUAAAUCUGGUCGGGAAUGGCCAAGCGAAGGCCAAUUAGUGGGAAAUUUCUGGCCAUGUAACUAAUGAACGACCUCUCCCACGCACAAGUUUCGCUAUAUCCUAGACGAACGUGUUUGUUUUCCCCGUACUCCUCCGGCUCUCCCUCGUUCGCAACACCAUUUUUGUGUACCGUACCGCCACCUAACUUCUGAAUUACACCGCGUUCAGACUAUAUUAUUCGUUUCGUGCCUCUCUUUUGGCCCUUGCCCUCUUUCUGCCUUCGUUUGUCUUUUACUUUGUUUUGUACAGUAUGUUUAUUUCGCGUCUUCGCUUCCUUACAAUUUCCGCCCCUCUCUUCUAUGAGAUGCUCAUGAUCGUAUACCCCAGGUUUGUGUUUCCGUUUCGGUUAUCGUCUUAUUUGCUUGGCGAGCCGUUUCUCUCAUUUCCCUUAUUUCUUUUCUUUUUUUUCUUCUUCUUUUUCUUUUUUAUAACCCGCUCCCAUCGUUACAACUUUGUCCCCUUAAGUUCGAUGGAACCAGUUUUCAAAUUUUUAUGUCCGUCCCUUAUGCGCAACGUCUUUUCUGCUAGCCUUUCAGUGUCCUUCUCCCUACCCAACUAAAUGGAAGUCACAUAAUGAUUAUGCUGAGAUACGGUCUAUACAAUGAUUGUUAAUGGCCUUCCGCGAACCAGCGCGUGUGGCUUGUCCGUUAUAUUGCAGCGACUACUAGGACUUCGUUGGCCAUGUCCAGAUUUUGAGCCAUGCGAUAGAGGUCACUAUUGUACAGUGCCUUAGGCCGUGCUUUUCUCAAUGCGACAAGAAAGUCAAUUACGAUGAAAUAUGAAGCAUUCAAACUACUCAACACUGUAUAUAUAAUAUCUUCUGAGAUUUGAAAACAAUAUUUGAGUUUUAAAAUGAAUCAUUCUCUUCUUUUAAAAUAGAAUUAUGAAAUCUCAAAAUACAAUCAUAUUACUAUUAUAAUAGAUGACAUGAGAACUCAGAUCUGAGAGUUGAAAAACUCACAGAAAUUAUCUUUGAACUGCAAA